GUGCGUAUACGGUACGCAGAUAUGAUUUACGUACGUGUAAACAACAAUCACACUGAACUGGAUGUUGACAACUAGAAUCUAGACGAGAGAUCGUUCAUGAUAUUGACAGUUUAUUUUGAUAUUUUACACAUUCUAACUAGAGAAGAGGGACAGGAAAAGGCCUGAAAAUGCCAGGUGUUGGCAAAACAAACAGCAACACUCCAAUUACGGAACAAAUAUCAGAGUUACAGCGGAAAAUAUCCUUGUUGGAUGGUGACCGCAAGGCAUACUAUGAGAGCUCACAAUGGACCAUCAAGCAGAAUCUUGAUGUGAUCCGUAAGGUCCGUCAGGAGAACAAGACGCUACACAAGCGGCUAGCAGCAAGCAAGGCGGGAGAUGACCGUGUACUUGAUAUCGCCUUCAAGAGUCGAGAGGUGGAGCGUGCCUCUCUCAGAGGCAAAUCUGGAAAGGAAGCAAUCCGCAUCAUAGACCAGAAGCUUUGCGAGGCCAAGAAGCGUCUCAACGCUGAGAAGUCUCAGACCCUGAAGCGAGAGAAGACCUACUCGGAGCUUGAGGUACAGCAUGAUCAGAUGCUCAAGGAUGCAUCGGAUGCAGAAGCUACUACGGCCGGUACAUCGGACGAUGCAAUGGCCCUACGAUCGUUGGAGAAUCGUCUAGACAAGGCCAACCUCAAGCUCCACGAGGCCGAGCACAUCAACCGCACAUACCUGGCUAUCAAGGAGCAGAUGAUCAGGGACAGUUUGACCUUUGGCAAUGACCUUGACGGUGAGGAGAACGAGAUAGACCAUCUGAAGGAAGAGCUGAAGGAACUCCAGGCCAUGAACAAGGACGCCCAGAUCGCUAGAGAUGCUGCCAAGGCUGAGCUGAGCAAGCACGAAGAGACGGUUUACCGAGAGAGAAGAGAACGUGAAGAAGCCCUAGCCGUACUCAAGAAACAGGCUGAGGAGAAGAAGGCCCAUGCAGAGCGGGUGGAGAGAAGGCUCCAGAGAGCAUCGAUCCAGCACGAUGACCUGACCCCAGAGCAGAAGCAGUUCGUGACCGGGGAGGAGGAAGAGAAGAAGAUCGGUACCUUCGAGGAAGCUUUCCAGGCUAUGAAGGAAGCUACAGGGGUCUCAGAUCUUGCUGAGGUUGUAAACCGAUUUGAGAACCAGAACUUCACCUACCAGCAUCUGAUGGAGCUGAAGGAAACCAACGAGAAGCAGGUCGUACGUCUCAAGGAAGAGAAAUCCAGACUCAACACAGACUUUGAGGAGAUGAAGUACUCAGGAGAAGCCAAACUAUCAAGUGGUCAGAGAAUGUUGGAGGAGUUCCAGGCCCAUCUCAAGACCGAGGUGGAACGUUGCGGAGAGUCCUCAGAGAAGCUUGAUAAGUGCAGUAAGAUCCUGGUCCAAGUCAAGGCCGGUGUCUCUCAUCUGGCCGAUAAGCUUCAACACAUCAAAGCAAACAAGGGUCACGUACCUCAGGCACAGCUGUCUGCCGAGGCAGAUGAAUUCGUCUUAGAUCUCCUGGCAACCUGCGAAGAGAAGCUUCUCAAACUCAUGGAGGAACUCGAUGGCCACGAUGUCGAUGAGACACUCAGGCAGAUGGAGGAAGAAGAGUUCCAAGUUGGAAUUGAAGGGGCGCUACCAUCGCAAAACACUCGCAUCAAGCUACCUACUACUCAGAGGGAUACCACUUAUGAUGAUGAGGACAGCGGUGAUGACGAAGACAUCGUUACCAGGAAUGCUCUCAAGAAGCAGGCCCAGAGUCUGGUCGACUCCAAGACCAAGAAGCACAAGGUCCGGGCCCGCAAGAAGAAGGGCGUCAAGUAAGACCAGGACCAGAAUCCAGAUCCUAGUCCAGCAUCGGUGGAAACCUGGUGGUGAUCCACACCGGAGUGUAUACAUAGAUUGUGUAUAAUGUGAUAUAAUACUACUACUAUCAUCUUGAGAAAUUAUUCCAUCCAAUCUUCUUCAAAGAUUAUUGUAUGUAAAGCAGUAUGUGCUUUAGUAAUCUUAGUUGUCAGGGAAAAAAUGGGGGGGGGGGGGGCCUAGGCCCUGUUUCUUCAAAAUUGUUAUCAAUACCAAGUUACAAUAACUGUUACAAGCUACUGAAAUAGUGGCAUUUGAUUGGCUAAGAGCAGCAUUUAUUGUUGAUAACGAGGUUUAUGAAACAGAGUCCUGGAUUUUGAUUAAAAUGCUAAAUCAUUUUCUGUGGAUGAUCCCUUGUAGCAAAACAGUGAGAGCACUGUUUAGUAGGAGUAGGAAGAGGACUCCGACUACCGAGACAUUGGUGAUAUGACCGUAUCUCAUCUUACCGACUUAAAUGAAACAUUGACAUUGAUGUUACAUCCGAGGUAAUAUCCAUCCAUGUAGUAAUGCUGCAAAUACUGCAGGUGUAGAAGACAUUUCUGAUUUUAAUCAUCACCCUCUGUUAUCACUUUAUCUUUUUACCCUUGUUUUUUGGAACAAUAUAUAAAGAAAACAAAGAGCCCAGUCAAAUACAGGCCAGAGUGCUGGCUGUACAAUUGUGUAGCCUUAUCUACUGAAAAUAUCCUGGAGUAAAUGGAAACUCUGAUUUAAUACUUGUAAAUACGACUUUUUAAAUGUCUGAAAGCAGAGUAUACACUUUGAUUGAUAGGUUUUUUGUUUUCCCUUGAGAAGUUAAUCGAUAAUACAGUAAAACCUGUUGUAGUGGCCAUACAUUUUGUCUUCCUCAAGAGGGAAAUGUGUGUUGUAGAACCUGUCUCAAAAGGCCAUCUGUCUACACCUUCCCUGUUUCCCUUAAGGGUGGCCUUAAUAGACAGGUUUAACUGUACAUGGCUUGGAGAAAACACCCAGGAAAUCCUAUUGAUUGCAUUCUCAUCAAAUACAUUCCUUAAACACCAACUAUUGUCCAGCUUCAAAAUGUAAUGGUUAAUGGUCUGCAGAAAGACGACACUUCAUUUAAUAAAUUUCAGGAUAUAUUUAUUAUUCAUCUGUAUCACAGCACUGGCCUUAUCCAAAUUAUUUCAAAACUUCAGGUGUAAAUUAUUAAAGUGAUAAUAUAUUACACAAUAUGUAAUACUUUAAUACUUUAUAUAUCGAGAGAAUAUAAACAAUUUAAUUGAUGGAAUGUGUUAUUGGAGUUGAUGUAGAUAAAGGUAGUAUCUUGCUCAAUAUUUCAGUUUCUCAAGUCAAAAUCUUGUUUUUAUCAUGCAAAGAUCACAGUUAUAUAAAUUAUUCAUAUUUUAUGUUAGUACAAUUUGAUUAUCCUCCCCAAAAUCUCUUUAAUUUCUAAUCAUAGAGUAUCAUGAUCUGGAAUUUAUUUUUCCUUUUUUAUUCCUCCUGAAUGUUCUUUUUGAAUAAUUUUUUUGUGUUAAUCUUGUGUAGACAAAAUUGCUUUGUAAACUAUUAAAUGAAUGUACAAACUUCACGAAUGCCUAUGAUUAACUGAAUGGAUUUUUUGCUUUUUGCAGAAAACAGAGAAUGCUUUUGUACAGCUGUUCAUAUUUUAUAUUGUUAUCUGUUACCCAUGUGAAUGAAUGAUCUCUACAGAGAGGAAUAAAAUAUUGCACAAAUAUUA